AUGACAAUUGGAUUGCAAAUAACAGAGCCGUGGCUUCUUGAAUACCAGGUACUUCCAUCAAGAACUCACCCGCAUAUGCAAAUGAGUGUGUUUGGAGGUUAUAUUCUCAGUGGGACAAAGAUCUGCAGCAGUUGA